AUGCAUCAUCGCAUAUCCCUCGCUCUAUUGUUCCUGCUCGUAGGCCUCUGGCCCUUGUAUUUCGUGGUGGCGCAGGUGGCUGUAAACGUUACCAUCGACGACGAUAGCCCAAGAAUAAGCUAUCAACCUCCGGACGCUUGGUUCAUGUCCGAAAACAGCACACUGGACCACGGCUACGCGCAUAUGUUGACUCAGACACCCAAUUCUACAGCGACGUUCAACUUCACAGGAGUAGCGAUCUAUUUCUUGUCCCCGUUAUGGCCCUAUCAUGUCACAACAGCGCUUUCACUAGACUCUGGGCCGACUAUACUCGUCGACCUCAUUGAUCGCAGUCGUCCAGAGACCGGAGGAGGUGGUCCCGAGACUGUGCAAUCCCAUGUCGUGUGGGCGGCGGAAGACCUAAACAACACGCAGCACACGCUCGUUAUGUCUAUCGGUGACCAGGAGCCAUUCGGAAUAGUUGACGGCUUAAUAUACACCAUUUUGGAAGAAGAAUCCGAAGAUUCUGAAGGCGGCGAUGGCUCUACAGCAGUAGACCCAUCUUCCAUUCAAACAUCCACUCUAUCUUCAUCAUCUUCAAUAUCAAGCUUUCCCACUUCAGGACCCAUACCCACAACACCAGAUCCAUCAAGCGUACGAAGAACGCAUAUCGUCGUCGGUACCGUGUUGGGCUGUCUUGGGUUACUGAUAGUCGCCCUGUUCAUCUGGUUCUGCGCUCGGAGGAGGAAGAGGCCGCGGUCAGAGGCGUGGACGAUUGCCAGCGGCUCGAGAUCGACUAUGCCACCUAUAUCCAAACCCACGAGACCGCAACCGAUGUAUUUGGAUCCAACCAAAUUCCCAACGCCAACGCUAUAUCCCGUGUCAGAGGUCGAUAACCCAUUAUGGGAAGAGCAGCACUACCGGUAUGGGUUCCCCACAGGCCAUGCCACCUCCUCAACUUCUCCGCCGGCGAGCCCACCCAUGGCUAGCCAUUUCUCAGGUGGCGCAGGCCUGGCGGGAAUUGGGAGUAAAAGCGUCAGUCCAACGACUCCGAGGUACCUCCAUGGGAAUACCCUCUCGACCAUCGUCGAAAACUCUCCCGCGACGGCUGGGACCUCAUCGCUCCCUCGCACGCCAGCCACCGCCGACUCGAGGGAACUGCGCUACCCGGCCGAUGGGAUAAACGGGGAGAAGACACCGUCCACGCUCUCUGAUUCCUCUGGCCGUGUACGCACCAUGACCUCGCGACCAUCAAUCAAGAACAUUUCGAGCCCGCUGGGGAGGAGGGAUCAUUCCCUCUAUCCCACGUAG